AUGACAUUCUGGAGAGUAAUAGUCCUCGCGUUUACCACGCUAAUAUUCGUCGAAGCAAAAUAUUAUCAACACCAUAAACGUGAUACUUCUACAAAUAUAUGCGACCCAUCAUACAAUAGCACCACAUACGUACAAUGCUAUUGUGUAUUCGAUCCCAGGGACCGGGCGAUCGUUCGUCACGCCGAAUGUCACCUCACUAAGAAAGAUGUUUCACCAGACGAUAAAUGCUGGGCCAGCUUCAGUACUAUAAAAAACGCCACUAAACUAACAUUGUCAAAUACAAGAGGAAUCCAUUUAAAAUAUGUGCCUACCAAUGCUCUCCUAUACAUGCAAGUAUUGAUGGAGUUGAACAUAAAGUACGGCAACAUCGAGAACAUAGAUAGUUUCGCCUUUGGUAACUUGACUUUGUUAGAGGAGAUUUCAUUGAGCGAUAAUCAAAUUAAAACAUUGUCAGUUAAUGCGUUUGCCCAUCAUAGAGACUUAACUAGCAUUGCAUUAGAUACAAACAAUUUGCAAGAAAUUAAUAGAAACGUAUUUGUCGAUCUGCCUUCCUUAGAGAAACUAUUUCUGACAAACAAUCAAAUAACAACAAUUCAUGACAAGGCAUUCGUUCAUUUGCUCAACUUGAGGGAACUGGAAAUUGAUAGAAACAACUUGUUCAGCUUGAAUAGCGAGACUUUCUCAGGUUUGAAGAAAUUGCGGAAAUUGGAUCUCAGUGGCAAUAGUUUAGAAGUCAUUGGCGAUAACACUUUCUUGCCCCUUACUAAUUUGGAAUCUCUAAAUUUGGACGGAAAUAGAAUUCAAAUGCUUGACGAAAAAGCUUUUUAUGGAUUGGGAAAUCUACAGGUCUUAUCCUUAGUUCACAAUAAUUUGACGAAAAUAGAUAACCCAAAAACAUUUGAAAGUCUGCACUCUCUAAGUGUUCUAAGUUUGAAAAGCAACAAGCUUAUUGAGUUAAGAGCUGAAAUCCUUGCGCCCAUUUUAAAUAAUUUCUACAGUAACACUAGCAAUUUGGACGUCGAAGAUAACAACUUCCCAUGCGACUGUCAUCUGGACUGGUUCAUGACACUCAUAAACAAAACUCAAAACAUCAAUCUCAAAAUCGCCAUAGAAAACUUGAAAUGUAACCCAAGUGAUACUUUAAGAAACUUGUGGGUAGCGUUUGCAGAAUCCGAAAAGAAUACAGACCAAGCGUUUGAAGAUGAUGCAUCUCAAAUACAAAAUCCAGACAUCGAAUAUUACGAAGAAGGUCCACUGAAUGGUAAAUUCUUUUACAUGGAUAUCAGAGAUCUGGCAAAUUGCACUAACAAUACUGACAACCUACAACUAAUGGCAAAGGCAAUGAAAAAGGAAACUAUUACUUCGUCAACAACUUCUGGCAUAGUUACCAAAGCAACCAUUUCUAGUCAGACUUCACCUAAGCCAGUAUCUACCACAGAGUAUAUAGAAAUUACUUCAAAAGAUGUUCCAGUUAGCUCAUCUCUAUAUCCAAUUGAAGCUCAAGAAUCAACAAAUAAGCCAAAUAAAGAUAAUGAAACGAAAAUGAAGGAAGCAUUCACAACAAGUCGGUUGGCUACAGUUUCUGCUAAGCCCCUAAAUCAUGAUGCUAACUUAUUCGAUAAAGAGAUGGCAUCCGAUGAGGCUCGGCCUGAAGGGGCUAAAGCUCAUAGAAGCGUACAAGAAAAAGAUACACCAAAGUAUAAUGCGAAUAGUGCGCAACCUAACAUAAGUAGGAUGGUUGUCGUCAUUAUCAUGUUAACCCUUAGAUUAUGUUUUUAA